GAUGAAGUGUGAUAUUUAGUCAGAACGGACACUUGUAAUAUAUUUCACUUCCAAACUCCUCGGGGCAAAUUUUCAAUUUCGCGGGGAAGAGUUAUUAUCAUUGUUUAAGUGUAUUCCUAAUAUUGCAUGUUUAAUAUAUGUCAUACAUCUAAAGUGUGCUGUCUUUAACACCAAGGUGCGUGCACCAUGAGGCGGAUUACAUAAUUACAAGUUUAUGUGAAACAGGACUUUAAGUUUUUAUAUAUCUUCUUCUAUAUAAUCGUGAGGACAUAUUUUCAUCUCUUAUAAGGAUACAAGACACAAGAUAACAGUUGCUAAAUCAUGACGUGGCAUCAACCAUGGUACCAGCUUCUGACACUGGUGAUAUCUGUAGUACAAGUCAACUCUGACGCCAUGCUGUCAAACAUUGCUGCUCUUGUACACGACUCAGUUCAAGAUCCCAUCAUAAACAAUAUACAGUUACAGGGGUUACAUGGACCUAUUCCGACUUUACAAGAACAACAAAUGCCGCCAUUUAUGAAUCAACAAAUGGCGGCACAUAUGGCCAUGAAAAUGCCAGCUUUUAACGGACCAAAUGUACCACUUGAUAUUCUACUUGCUAGUGAAAGAACUAAUAUGUCACCACCGGUGUCUCCAAGCAAUUAUUUAACUCUUCCACAAUUUCCAAUAGGAUUUGUUGACUUUCAAGUGAACCAGUCUAAACAUCGUUUCGCGACGUCAAAACACCAGUCAGGUUAUAUUUCUAUACCACCAGGGGCACCAGUCAAUUUCCUGCAAGUUCCGGACUGGAAAUCGUACAUGCAGGCACAGGGGGGCAUGCCACCUGGUAGUAAGAUGCCUACAAGUCCUCAUAAGCAUGCUCUAGGUUUGGUUGUACAGGGGCCAGUGCUGGAAGGUAAACCGUCUGAUAUUCAAGUAGAUCCUGUACAUCAUCUAUCAAUGAAUCAUCUGUUUGUUCCUAUCCCUGUAGCUCAAGUAAACUCCAAGGGAGGCAACCCUGGCAAUCAAGUAUCUCCAGGUCCAACGGUAGCAGAUAUCCUUAUUGUUAUUGACGCGUCAGACAGAAUGGGGCAUAUUGAUGCCAAUGGAAAAGUGGUUUGGAAUCCAAAUAUUGUGGACUUUCUGAAUAAGUUUGUUAAGUUUACACCACUUGGACCUGAUGCCAACCGUAUAGGUGUUGUUGUAGUCAGUAUAGGUAUAGAUGACAUGAUCCCUCUAACAAAUGAAAGGAAAUUUCUGAUCGAUUCAUUGAAUCUACUAAGACCAUCAUUUCGCGGUGGUUGUACUGAAAAGGGAAUAAACACGGCUAGCAGUUUAUUCUACCAGUACGGCCGUCAAAAUGCAGUUAAACGUAUUGUUUUGUUGACUGAGGGAUCAGGAAAAUGUUCAUACAGAAACAUGGCGGAGAUAAUAUAUGCUAGAAAGUGUGGCAUAGAUAUAAUACACGUAGGGUUUGGACGAAAUCUAGGUCAAAUUAAAGAGCAAGGGUACCAGUCUCACUGGAUUGUUACUGGCGCAGACAUGCUCGCCACGGUUGCGGAACCAGUCGCAAAGAGAGCUUAUAUUGAUCCUAUCCAUGGCGGCUGGUCGAAGUGGUCGGACUGGAAUAUGUGCUCGUCGUCCGGAACCUGUAGUAUCGGUUACCAGAUGCGCUUUCGGCUUUGUGACAACCCUCAACCUUUAUAUGGAGGACAAAAUUGUCAUGGUUUCGCCGCAGAAACACGAAUGUGUCAUAUGCGACCUUGCAUAGAUAAUACCAUGGGCCACUGGACUAGAUGGUCGGAUUUUACUCUUUGUUCUUCACCAUGUGGCAUCGGCACAAGAACUCGUUCUCGUACCUGUAUGACACUGAAUGGCGAGCCAAGCGCCGCGUGUCGAGGGAAGUACGUUGACAUCGUAGAAUGCAUUGUCAAAGCUUGCCCAACCGACGGAGGUUGGUCAUUUUGGUCCGAAUGGGGUCUCUGUUCACAAACAUGUGGAAUGGGAAUCAAGAUGCGAGCCCGGCAAUGUGACAACCCUUUACCCAAAGACGGUGGAAAGACUUGUCCAGGAAUAGCCGUGGAGGAAGCUAUUUGCGAUUCAAAGAUAGCUUGUCCUAUCCAUGGAGGUUUCAGUCGAUGGUCUGAACCCGGGAAAUGUGACGCCGUUUGUGGAACAGGUAUGCGUAAACGUACACGGGAAUGUAAUAAUCCUAUUCCACAGUUUGGCGGAGAACUUUGUAUUGGGGAUACAUUUAUUCUAGAACCAUGUGACACGGGACUUCCAUGUCCGAUUCCUGGUGAGUGGGGCCAAUGGACGAAGUUUACAGCAUGUUCAGCUAAAUGCGGUAACGGAUUUCGAAAACGGAAUAGGAAAUGUGACAGCCCGCCACCCAAGUUUGGAGGUGCUAUAUGCGAAGGACCGUCAAUAGAGAAACAAAAUUGUGACACCGGAAUUUCCUGUCCUGUGGACGGACAAUGGUCGGCUUGGACUGAUUUUGCACCAUGUGUUGCAAAAUGUGGUUCGGGAAAAACAAGACGCUUUAGAUUAUGUAACAAUCCUGUACCACUUUUUGGAGGAAAAGAUUGCAUGGGUUCUCCUGUAGAUGAACAAAGCUGUGAAACCGGCAUUAUAUGUCCAAUAGAUGGAGGUUGGAGUAAAUGGACUAAAUAUUCAAUGUGUAGCGUAGAUUGUGGAAGAGGAAUUCAAGGGAGAACAAGAACAUGUACAAGCCCUGUUCCACAACAUGGAGGUUCUUUCUGUGUUGGAAUAGACCGUGAGGAGAAGGAGUGUGAUACUAGAAUAAGUUGUCCGGUACAUGGCUUUUGGUCUCAUUGGCUGCCUUGGGGUUCCUGUUCCGCUUCGUGUGGGGUCGGUUUCAGACAGCGGCAUCGUUUAUGUAACAACCCUUCACCUAAAUUUGGAGGACUUCAAUGUGACGGUAGUCCAAUACAUGAAGAAAUGUGUGAUACACGGGUCAUGUGUCCAGUGCAUGGUGGCUGGUCAAAAUGGUCACCACCUCUUCCAUGCCCCGUCUCGUGUGGUAUAGGAUCAACAAAAAGAGUAAGACAUUGUAAUUCUCCUAUCCCAAUGCACGGAGGAGAUGACUGUUUCGGACCUAACGCAGAGGUUAUUGAUUGUGACACAGGUGUUAAAUGUUCUAUUCACGGCAGAUGGUCGCUUUGGAGCAAAUGGAGUGUAUGUGAUGCUAAAUGUGGGUCAUCGUUGCAAAGUAGAGUACGUAAUUGUGAUAAUCCACCUCCUCAGUUUGGAGGGUUACCUUGCAAAGGCAAAAAAUUAGAAAAACGACCCUGUGAUACAGGCAUUCCAUGUCCUGUAGAUGGAGGCUGGGGGAUAUGGACAUUGUGGACAAAAUGUCCUGUGUCGUGUGGUAAAGGUAUGAUUUCACGUAAGAGGAUUUGCAACAAUCCUGUUCCUGAAUAUGGAGGAAAGAAAUGUUUUGGCGUAGAUAUAGAAGAAAUUGCAUGUGAAACUGGGAUAAUUUGUCCAAUCGAUGGAGGUUGGUCAGCAUGGACAGAUCUUUCUUCUUGUUCUGCUACAUGUGGUGUAGGAUCAAUGCAAAGGUCGAGAGUGUGCAACAAUCCUCCACCGCAAUACAAAGGUUUACCUUGUCAUGGGCCUGAUUUUGAAAAAUUACCAUGUGAUACUGGAACGAAAUGUCCAAUUCAUGGUAAUUGGGGACCAUGGACAGGUUACACUCAUUGCUCAGAAAAGUGUGGAGUUGGUAUGCAAUCCCGAAAAAGAAUAUGUAAUGCACCAGUGCCUUUUUAUGGCGGAGAUAUGUGCAUUGGGCCAGACUUUGAGGAAAUGCCAUGUGAUACUGGAAUAUUCUGCCCUGUGAAUGGUAACUGGGGACCUUGGUCAGAAUAUACGCAUUGCAAUAAAAAGUGCGGUAUUGGUAUAAUUCAACGUUCACGAGUGUGUAAUAAUCCUAUACCUAUGUAUAAUGGUAAGCCUUGCAUCGGUCUUGAACACGAAGAGCAAAUUUGUGAUACAGGAAAAAAUUGUCCCAUAGAUGGAAAUUGGGGACCUUGGACAACUUUCACUAAAUGUUCUGUAAAAUGUGGAUUAGGAAUUCAACAGCGCACAAGAGAUUGUAAUAAUCCACCUCCAUUGUAUGGCGGUGGGGAUUGUGCUGGUCAUCCUCUUGAAACACUAAAAUGUGACUCUGGGGUGCCAUGUCCUAUUGAUGGUGGAUGGUCUCUAUGGACAGAUUUCGGUCCUUGUAAUGUUAAGUGUGGUAUAGGGAUGCAAAAGCGUAAGCGAACUUGUACAAAUCCAGCACCAAUGUACGGUGGCUUCGAAUGCGUAGGUGAUAUGUUUCAAGAACGAAAAUGUGACACUAAAAUCAAUUGUGCAAUUGAUGGAUCUUGGUCUCUCUGGUCUGGCUGGACAGCUUGUUCUGUAGACUGUGGCUCUGGUAUUUCUAUGAGAUCAAGAUCGUGUUCUAGCCCACCACCCCUGUACGGUGGAAAAUUCUGUCCCGGUUCAGAGAUGGAAGAAAGUAUAUGUGAUACAGGAAUCAAAUUGUCUGGCAUGGGGUUGGAGUACACAUGCUCAGCCAAAUGUGGCGAAGGUUUACAGCAUCGUAAACGGUUUUGUGAUUCACCUGCUCCUAACUACGGCGGUAUUCCGUGCAAAGGAAUAUUCACGGAAGAGCGAAUUUGUGAUACUGGUGUAUUUUGUCCCAUACACGGCAACUGGGGAAAAUGGUCUCCCUUCUCACUAUGUUCUGUUGAUUGUGGAAGUGGAUUUAAAGAUCGUAGUAGACUUUGUGAUAAUCCUACACCGAUGUAUGGGGGACGUCUUUGUGAAGGCCCAGAUGUUGAAGUAGUUGAUUGUACAACAGGUAUAAAUUGUCCAGUACACGGUGAUUGGUCCACAUGGUCAAUUUGGACUGGAUGUUCAGUGACCUGUGCUAUUGGAGUUCAGAAAAGAACUAGAUCAUGUGAUAGUCCGAAACCAUUGUUUGGAGGAAGGCAAUGCAAAGGUGACUCGUUACAGGAAAAAGUGUGUAAUACUGGGGUAGCAUGUCCAAUAGAUGGAAUGUGGAGCUUUUGGUCGGAUUGGCUUCCGUGUGAUGUAACAUGUGAAGCAGGUAGCCAAUCACGCGUGCGUGUUUGCAACAAUCCAUCUGCAAAGUAUGGAGGUAAACCGUGCUUCGGUUCAGCUGUCGAAAAUAUUGUAUGUGAUACUGGAAUUCCUUGCCCGAUUGAUGGAAAUUGGACCCCUUGGUCGCCUUGGAAAGGAUGCACUGCCACGUGUGGAAAUGGAUUGCAACAAAGGGUACGUACAUGUACAAAUCCACCGCCGAAGUAUGGCGGUGAUAUUUGUCCAGGAAAUGCUGAAGAAAUUCGAGAAUGUAAUACAAACCUGUUCUGUCCUAUAAAUGGUAACUGGGCACCAUGGACAAAAUGGACUCAUUGUUCUACAUCAUGUGGUAUUGGAAUGCAUGCAAGAACUCGGACAUGUACUAAUCCUCCUCCAGGAUAUGGUGGAAUGCACUGUCAGGGUCCUCAGGAUCAAACUGCUGAUUGUGAUACCGGUGUACAUUGUCCUACAGAUGGUAACUGGGGUCAAUGGAGUGCUUACAGCAAGUGCAACAUGAACUGUGGUAUUGGUAUGCAGACCAGGACAAGGAAAUGUGAUAACCCUAUUCCACAAUAUGGUGGAAGCAUUUGUUUUGGAGGGAAUACAGAGGACAUCCCAUGUGACACGGGCAAGUUAUGCCCUGUCCAUGGAGGUUGGACAUUAUGGACAUCGUUUGGUACUUGCAAUGUUGCCUGUGGUAUUGGUAUUCACAAUCGUACAAGAACUUGCACAAAUCCGCCUCCGCAAUUUGGCGGGCGUAAAUGUAGAGGUUCUGAUAUUGAUAUAGUCGACUGCGAUACUGGUACUUACUGCCCUAUUAAUGGAGGUUGGUCCCUGUGGUACGCUUGGGCACCAUGCAUUGGCGAUUGUGGUAUUGGAAAAAGAAAAAGAAGAAGAGAAUGUAAUAACCCUAUACCAAAUUUUGGUGGUCUACCAUGUAAAGGAUUAAGUAUUAUGACAGAAAGCUGUGAUACAGGUGUCCAUUGUCCUGUAAAUGGUGGGUGGUCUGAAUGGUAUCCACCUAGCCCGUGUUCUGUUUCUUGUGGUUCAGGAAUACAAACCCGAUUGAGAGAUUGUUCAAAUCCUCCGCCUCAAUAUGGUGGUACUCCAUGUGUUGGGCCACAAGAGGAGCUGUCAAAAUGCGAUACUAUGAUCCCUUGUCCCGUUGAUGGUUUGUGGGGAUCAUGGAGCGAUUAUGGGCCGUGUAAUGCAAAAUGUGGUGUAGGUCUUCAUGCACGGACACGAGAAUGUAACAUGCCUCCACCACAAUAUGGAGGAAAAGAUUGCAUAGGUUUCGCGAUUGAAGAAACGAAGUGCGAUACAAAUAAAAAAUGUGUUAUACAUGGUGGUUGGUCAUUUUGGUCUCCUUGGAGUACAUGCCAGUCAACAUGUGGCACAGGAGAAAAAAUACGAGUCAGAGUGUGCAAUAACCCCAGCCCAUUGUAUGGUGGUCUUAUGUGUAAAGGUCCCGAUACAGACGUUUCACCUUGUAAUACAGGUUUAUCAUGUCCAAUUGAUGGUGGAUGGACACUAUGGUUAGACUGGAGUGUAUGUAGUGUCACUUGUGGGUCCGGUAAACAAAACCGUGUGAGGGCGUGCACGUCACCUGCACCACAAUUUGGCGGACUACAAUGCAAAGGUCCAGCGAAAGAAACUCAGAAUUGCAUUACUGGAAAGCCAUGUCCAAUUGACGGACACUGGACCUUGUGGACUCUUUGGAGUGGAUGUUCAGAAACAUGUGGCAUUGGUGUUAGAAAGCGAGAACGAUUUUGUGAUGACCCACCAGCGCAGUUUGGUGGAACACCUUGCAUGGGACCUCCUGAACAAAUUGAAAAAUGUAAUACAGGGGUUUCUUGUCCUGUUCAUGGUUCAUGGUCGUUUUGGUCGCCAUGGUCAAUUUGUAUGGCGGAUUGUGCAGUAGGAAAACAAAUAAGAAAUAGAGUUUGUAAUAACCCAGCGCCAUUAUAUGGUGGUGUAGAUUGUGUUGGUGUAUCAGAAGAAAUGCGAAAUUGUGACACAGGUAAACCUUGUCCAGUCAAUGGAAACUGGGGUUUCUGGAUGGCUUGGUCAAGUUGCACAGCGUCCUGUGGCAUGGGUGAACGAAGGAGAAUCAGAAAUUGUGAUAAUCCACCAGCGCAAUACGGUGGGGUUACAUGUAAAGGUUUUGCAGAGGAAUUAGAGGUUUGUGACUCUCUUAAACCAUGCCCAAUCGAUGGACAUUGGUCUCUCUGGGGAACUUUUUCAGCAUGUUCAGUAACAUGUAGCAUUGGUAAGCAAGUACGAUCCCGUGUCUGUAAUGACCCACCUCCACAGUAUGGCGGCUUACACUGUAAAGGACCAACAGAAGAGAUUAUCAGCUGUAACACUGGUGUACAUUGUGCAAUCGACGGAGGUUGGGGUGGAUGGUAUGCGUGGUCUAAAUGUAGUGUUACAUGUGGUAUCGGGGAAAUGGAAAGACAUAGAGAUUGUAAUAAUCCGUCCCCGCAGUAUGGUGGUAUACAAUGUUUUGGACCUGCCUUUGAAAUAGGACCAUGCGAUACUAAAAUACCCUGUCCAGUUGAUGGUAAUUGGGGGACUUGGUCUGCUUACACUGUGUGUAAUGGUACUUGUGGAAUGGGUAAACAGGAAAGAUACAGGAUAUGCAAUAACCCCCCACCAAAGUUUGGAGGUAACAUGUGUCCAGGUUUUGACAUUGAAGUUGUUAACUGUAAUACAGGUGUGCCCUGUGCCGUCGAUGGAGGAUGGGGCAUGUGGUUGGAGUGGGGCAUCUGUAAUGUUAACUGCGGGGUAGGUAUUCAUGCAAGAAAAAGAUUAUGCGAUUCACCAUCACCUAGACAUGGAGGUAGCGAUUGUAUUGGCGUUAGUAUAGAAGAAAAGAAGUGUGACACUCUAAAAAAUUGUGCUGUUCAUGGAGGCUGGAGUUUCUGGUCAGAAUGGACAGUUUGCUCAGCAGACUGUGCUAUGGGGAUAAAAUCACGAUUUAGAGAAUGUACAAAUCCAACUCCUCUCUAUGGUGGCAUUCACUGUCAAGGUCCAAAACAGGAAACAAUCAAAUGUGAUAGCGGUGUUCCGUGUCCUGUCGAUGGGCAAUGGUCAGCAUGGAACAAGUGGAGCCUUUGCUCUGUACAAUGUGGAAUAGGUGUUAAAGAAAGAUACAGAGAAUGUAACUUACCUUCUCCAAUGUACGGGGGUAUGCCAUGCAAAGGCCCUAAAACUGAGGUAGUAGACUGCGACACCGGCACUUAUUGUCCUAUAGAUGGUCAAUGGGCGCUAUGGUUACCAUGGGGUCAUUGUUCGAAAACGUGUGGCACGGGAAUGCAGCGCAGAUCAAGAUUAUGUGCUGAUCCUAUGCCUGCUUAUGGUGGACUAAAAUGCAAAGGUUUUGCAGAAGAACUUCGUCAGUGUGAUUCGGGUAUUGCAUGUGCCGUAAAUGGCAACUGGGGAAUGUGGAGUGACUUUACGAAAUGUUCUGCAAGCUGUGGAAUGGGAGUUCAAGAACGCGUUCGUUUGUGUAACAAUCCUUCACCAAUGUUUGGAGGAAUGGACUGUACAGGGCCCUCUAUUGAGAUGGUUAAAUGUACAAAUAGUCGUCCUUGCUCAGUUGAUGGAAUGUGGACUAGUUGGUCACUGUGGACAGACUGUGAUGCUAAAUGUGGUGUAGGUAUCAGAGAACGUUGGAGACAGUGCUCUAACCCGAAACCAUUACAUGGAGGAAAACCAUGCCAAGGGCCACAGUUAGAAAUUGUUGAUUGUGACGUAAAUGUGCCAUGUGCUGUUGAUGGAAAUUGGUCUCCUUGGUCUAGAUGGGAUAAAUGUUCUGUGUCUUGUGGAACUGGCUAUCACUAUAGAUAUAGAACAUGUAGCAAUCCCAGACCAUCACUAGGUGGAAAGCUAUGUGCUGGAGUGCCAGAAGAAAUUAAAAGAUGUGAUACGGGAUAUAUGUGCCCAGUGGACGGAAAUUGGGCUGAUUGGUCAGCUUGGAAGUCGUGUGAUGCUAAAUGUGGAAGAGGGUUUCAGGUCAGAGAACGAACUUGUACUGACCCGAAACCGAUGUUUGGUGGACAGAUAUGCUUAGGAAUUCCAAAGGAAAAACGACAUUGUGAAUCAGGAAUAACAUGUCCGAUUGAUGGCGAUUGGAGCCCAUGGUCACAGUGGGAUAUUUGUGACGCUAAGUGCGGUCAUGGAUAUCAACGUAGAGUUCGUACAUGUAACAAUCCACGACCACAGUUCGGUGGAAUGAUAUGUCUUGGUAUUCCUCAAGAACGUCGUAAAUGUAGAAGUGACACAGCUUGUCCUGUCAAUGGCAACUGGGGAGCAUGGGGUAAAUGGGAAGAAUGUGAUGCUUUGUGUGGAGUUGGUCAAAGAAAAAGACUUCGAUAUUGUAACAGCCCAGCACCACAAUACGGUGGCACACAUUGUGUUGGUCGGGAAUUCGAAACUGUAGACUGUGAUUCUGGCAAAAUCUGCAAUCAGCACGGAGGAUGGUCCAUAUGGGGACGUUGGUCCGCGUGUUCGGCAUCUUGUGGAAUUGGAUACAAGUUCCGUCUGCGGUAUUGUAACAAUCCAUCUCCUCAAGGUAAUGGAAGGGGUUGUAAUGGUUAUAAUGAAGAAAGAAUACAGUGUAACACCAAAAUCGCUUGCCCAGUCAAUGGUGGGUGGACGGAAUGGGGUUUGUUUGGAAAAUGUAUGGCAGAUUGUUCAAGAGGGGCAGCUCAUGCGUUUGGUUUUAAAAUCCGCCAGAGAUACUGCGAAAACCCGCCACCUUCAAAUGGCGGCUUAACAUGUCGUGGAGACGCUGUUGAUAUGGUCGAGUGUUUUGAUUUCCCACCAUGCUUUGAACCAGAAUGGGCUGUUUGGACAAAAUGGACAAAAUGUUCAGAGGAAUGUGGCCCUGGAAUUCAAGAGAGAACAAGAACAUGCCAGGUAAACGCGGUCGGUGACCCUAAGAACAAUUGCGCAGGUCAACCAAAUGACGUUGUCAAGUGUAAGGUCCUCAACUGCCCAACAAUCCCUCUAAACUGCUCUACUGAAUGCAAAUGGGAUAAUGGAAUUGGCUAUGCUAUGUAUCCGGGAGAUUGUUCGAUGUUUGUUCAGUGUGACAGUAUCGACGGUAUACCCGUCAUACAAGACUGUGCGUAUGGCCUUCUAUGGAGCUUGAAUAUCCUACAGUGCGUGUUCCCGCAACAAUCUGAAUGCGAUGUAUGUGAGGGGAGAAGAGGACGGCUCGCAUCAUACCAUAUUUCCUGUCGCGCUUACUGGGACUGCACGAGUACUACCCCGAUUGCGAAAUGCUGUGCUAAAAAUGAGAGGUUCAACCCGUUCACACAUCAAUGUGAGCUAGAUCCUAAAGGCAUCUGUAACCAAGCAUGUCCUCCUGUAGAAAACCUGCCCCCACAAGUAAACGGAAUUGGUACUGUUGGCCAAGUGUGCAUGUUCAAAUCGUCGACGAAGGGGUCGGGAUGGUAUCAAGAAGAAAUUAACGGCUUUUGGAUAGAUCGUCCUUGCAGUCAUGGUACCAUAUUCUCCACGAAAGAAUGUCAAUGCAUUUAUUACACAGAUGGUUUCAUGAAAUCGAACAAAGAGUUAGCGGCCAAACAGAAGAAAGAAUGUGUACCUGACCUUCAUUUGACCUUUGAUACACUACAGCAAGAUUUAGACAGGAAUAUUGGCCUUCACGUGGAGAAUGUCACGUAUAAUGGCGACGGUACAGCAUAUUUUGACGGAAAUGCAGCUAUAAACGAUAACAUAUUUUCAAAUUCUGAAUGGGGUAAAGAUGUAUACGUUUACAUCCGGUUUAAGCCCACGGGGACAGGUCACAGUCAGGGACUUGUUCAUAAUUCUGGUUGUGGACCGUCAGAUAUCGGACCUUCUGUAUUUAUUGGUAUGGAUCGCGAGAAACAACAAUUUGGACCAGAUAAAAUCAAUAUGAAGUUUGCUGCGGUCCCAAAGAAGAAAGCAUUAGAAUAUGAUUUUGUAAACAUCACGACAGGGGCUGAUAAAAUGAUAGAUGCUUGGUUUAAAUUUGGAAAAGGUCAGUUUGUAGCAGAAGUGGAUGGAUUAGUGGCAACAUUAGAUAUACCAGGAGCGUCUGAAAUUGCUCGACGUCACGGCUCACUUAAUAUUGGAGGUAAUGUGUGUAAAAUAGGCAAUGAAUCCUUUGGUGGCUUCGUUGGAACUCUAGACGAGGUUCGAAUAUAUAAAUGCAAGCCUCCUGGGCACCACUUCAAACGGUAGAUGAUA